AUGGCGGUUACACGUCUUUCUGUAGCUCUAAGGCCUCUCAAGGCAAUAGCCUGGGGAGACCUGGCCGUGGCCUCUCUCAAAGUUGGCCUGGUGUGCGAGAAUUACAUGCUAGUUGUUGACGAUGAGGAUCUGGACGCUGCGACUCAGAAGUUGAAGAAAAAUGGCUUUCGGGAGGCUCCUUGGUCUUAUGGCUCCCGCGACGAUCCAACACUGUACACAGACCCAAAGAUGAAGCAAAUUCAUCGCCUGAUGGCCCAGGAGUACAGCAAUCUUGAUAAUCACUCAUUGAAAUUCCGAUUCCCGACCGACAAGCAGGCCAAGGCGAGGGUUGUCCUGUUACCGUCCUCAUACGCCCACAUCUCGACCACAUCAACCACGGAUAGAUUCACCCAGAAAGAUAACAUUUUCUACCCGGACGCACCGCUGCUCCUAAAGAGCUUCGUUCAUACAAUAGUCAAAGAGCCUGAGAUGAGUCAGUGGACAUCAAACCUAGAGAUGUGGGCCAUCACUUACCUCUACGGGGACCUGAUGCUGGACGACGGUGUCUUGGAUUCUUGUGAUGAUGAAGAGGUCAAGGCUUGGUUCAACGAAAACAUACAGAGAGAGGAGGGUGGGAUGGAUAGGAUUACCUGCACAAAGCGACUGGGAAAAGCUGGGUAUGACGAAAGCCUGGCGAGGCAGAGAUAG